ACCUGCAUGCAAUAUCUACUAAAAUAAUUUAUAAAUCGUUUUAUAUUCAAUGCUUAUAGUAAAAAUUCAAUAUGCUUAUUAUCUUAAUUCUAUUCUUGGGACAUAUUCUUUAUUCUCAAACCAAAAUUAUUCAACAUGAAUAUAAAAAUCCAUAUAACAAAUAUGCUUUUACUAGAAUGACCAUAAAUGAGGCCACAGGUGACAUCUAUCUGGCCUCCGUCAAUCACCUGUUUAGACUCUCGGGAAAGCUCGAACCUCUAGUUAUCCUGCGAACCGGUCUAAACCCUCAUAAUAAUAGGGCCAUAUGCUCGAACGCUCUACCCGACAUCACCUUGUUGCGACGCGAAAAUCUAUUGGCCCCAUCUUCGGAACCCGCCAAUGAUUCAAAUCUCUCAGAAUGUCAACGUCCGCACUCAUCGCAUGCCGAUCCCUCAUACAGUCAGGCGUUACUUUACGACUCGACGCGCAAAUUCUUAAUAGACUGUAGAACCUCAUACUUGGGCGCAUGCGCCGUACGAGAUUCAAUCACUCUUUCCGCUUCACACGUGCGUAUCUAUAACGACCAGGCACACGUUUACCCGAGUACCGUGUUCCCCGGAAAAGUUCCCGUUACUUCCUCUCGCAAUAAUUUAGGUCCGGGUAGGUUAUGGAAUAGGGAUGGAGAAUCCAAUGGGGUCGUGGCACUCCUGGCACCGCCCCAUUACCUAGUUAUUGGAUGCUUCACCUAUCCCCAAAUCGAUUCAAAAGGGAGCACAACCUCAGGGAAAACCCAUUACCUGGCCAACUACGCCUUAGCGCCUCCCCAUCGGCUCUUCCACUUUGCUUACCGUCCAUUAACUGGCCAAUCAGCUCUCCCGGUUAACCCUAAAGAGGGAAGUGAUACCUUCACGAAUUUUGUUUCCGGUUACUCCACACCCCAGCAAGCAUACCUCAUCGCCACACGUACCACAUCCGUCUCUUCUAUUAAGGAAUCAUUAAUUGCUGGCAUACGCAUCACAGGCCCCAAUUUACAUUACUCCGAGAUCGGACUUGAAUGUCGGAAAAAGAUAAUCAAAACGGAAUCCAUUUAUCCGGUAUAUGAAACCGGAACGGUAACUGCAGCCUACAGGUCGGUAGGAGACAACCGACCGGAGAUUUUAAUCGCUACUUUUGCCCAUAGCGAAAACACAAAUCGGACGAGCGAUUAUCAGGCGACGGACGGCCCUGUGAUUUGCAUUUAUUUACUUAGCGAGAUAACCAGGGCUCACGAAUCUACCAUCUCUGCCACGAACCAAACAGCUUCCAAACAAUACGUCACUAGUCACGCGCUGACGCUCGACUGUCCCGACUCCUCGUUGAAAUCUCAUUUGCUGAAUUGGAACACUGUCGAAAAUAGACUGCGCGUUACUUCCAUAGUUACUUCUAACGUUUACGGAUACACGGUAGUAUACCUGUCAACCUCCGAUGGAAGGUUAUUUAGUCUCUGGCUCGCUUCUACCACAUCUGCCUAUCUUUACUCUGUUUUACGUGUUUCCGACAAUUUUUUGCCCAUCUUGGAUCCUAUUCUCAUGGACCGCACUAGUACCACGCUUUACGCGGUCACUCCCGAUAAGAUUUACCAAAUCAGUAUCGACAAUUGCGAAGCCUAUACGAAUUGCAAGAGUUGUCUGGGCGCCAAAAAUCCGUAUUGCGGUUGGUGUCACUUGGACAAAAGAUGCAAAAACAAAACGGCUUGCCAAUCCGCUCCUCAUUUUAAUUUGGACCCGGCUUCGCGGCAGCAUUUAGAUUCACCAAACCCUUCGUCCGAAGCUGAUUGGCUGCCUUUCGACACUGGCCGUUGCAGCGAGGUUACGUGGAUAGAACCCGACCAGAUACAAUCCACCACUAGGAGAAACAUACGUUUAGUGCUUAAUUACUUUCCUCGACCUUUAUCGCUCGUCUACCAUUGCUUAUUUACGUCUGACGGAUUUAACAUACGGGCUAAGGCAAAAUCGCUACCAUUGCCUACGGGGGUCGAAUCGGGCCAGACAUUGGGGUGCCGCACUCCCUUGUUACCAGCUAAUGCUGAGGGCCGCCACUUCUAUAUCGUGACGGUCGCCAUUUUAGGUGAUGAUGACGUCAAUCCCAUAACGGAAACUUCCAUCAUAGCGUACAACUGCGGUGCGUUGACCUCUUGUAGUGGUUGCGUCUCAUCGCCGCGAUUCGCAUGUCAUUGGUGCGUUGAAAAGAACGCUUGCACGCACGACGCUGGUGGGGAUUGUCGGAAUGAUUUCCUUGUAAACGGACUUGCGGGCAAAGGUGCCACGUCAAGGGCCGGAAGUUCCUUCUGCCCCAGACUUGAAAUCAUGGAGGACGAACAGUCAAUCGACGCCUUUGAAGAUUAUUCCGAUUUCGCCGUAGAGGGAAGUGACCAUUUGGUCAUCACUAAGGAACCUAGCGCAGAUGGUCGCGAUUACGAGCGUUCAUUCAAAGUUCACGCCUCACGCCCUUUUAGCCUACGCAUGCGUGCCUUUAGUCUUCAGCCGUUUAUGACAGAUUUGGCUUGUCAUUUCAUCGCUACGCGCACUGGGCGAACAUUCUAUGCCACCGCAGUGUUCACUAAUAAUCCGCCUGGUUAUGAACAAAUCACCUGUUCAGCCAGUGCACAAGUAACAAGCGAUACUACUUCCUCGCUGCGAUUGGCCGUAUCCUGGGGCGGUACCGCUCAUGCACGUCUUCUGGAUGGUCCUUAUUGGCCAGACCCCCUUUCAACCGUGUCAUAUUCGAACAAUGAGAGCUCUCUCCCGAAAUUAGCCAAUAGUAUCGACGUGUAUAAUUGCUCCUCAUUGGCAGGUGACUGUGGCGCUUGUUCCCUUUUGCCAGCCAAUCUUAGAUGUUCAUGGUGCAUUGGUGCACUCAUGGAAGUGUGCAGCUUGAAAGACAUUUGUGAGGAAAGAUCGUCUACUCUCACGUCACUCGAUAGAGUCAAUGACACUUGCCCGGGCCCAAUUAUAAUAUCUUUCUCGCCAUCAAGCGCACCCAUGGAAGGGGGUACUGAACUAACUAUAAAUGGCCUUAACCUUCCCCGGUCCCUUGCACACUUCACGCAAGGAAUAACUGUGGCUGGGGUAGCUUGUAUACCCGUGCUUUCCUCUUUCCUCCCCACUCGUCGCGUCACAUGCGUAUUGGAACGGAGCGGAAACGAAACCUCGGGACCCGUUCGAUUUCGAGUCGGUAGAUAUCCGGCAGUUAGUAAAGCGGAUUUUAAGUUUGUGAACUUCGCCGUGACUGAUAUUUAUCCAUCCCGGGCCACCAAAGCUGGACGAACAAGAGUGCGCCUAAUCGGACGCCAUCUUGAUGCGGGGAAUACGGCACACGCGCGUCUAGCCGGCAAGGCCUGCGUAGUAAUAUCCAGAACAGAGGUCGAGGCAGUGUGCCUCUCCUUGCCAUUUUCCCAACAAAUUGGAGAUCAAAUAGGAAGCGACAAGAACGGAAUUAAAGAUGGCGAAUCGAGUUCCGGCCCGGUUCUCUUCGGCGUCGAUGGAAACUUCAAGGAGGCUCACUAUUUUGACGCGAUUAAAGAAAAUCCUGACUCCGGAAAUGAGCGAAGUAGAUUCGGAAAUGAAAAUGGGAAGCCCUUGAUGUUUGAAUACGUGGAAAACCCUAAGUUGGACUCCGUUACAUCACCUGCCGGCAUUUUGAGUGGUGGAACCACCAUUACCGUCGAAGGGGCUCGCUUUAACAAUAUCCAAGAAGCGCUCUUUAUGAUAACACUUAGUAACCCGUACAUUAAUCUGACAGAGUCUUGCGUUAUUCGUUCCGACAUCCUCAUGACAUGCCUGGCUCCACGGGUGCUGGCUUCUGAUACAUCGAUGGUUCAACCUAUACCCGUGCCAUUCUCUCUGGUCUUCGACAACGCCCUGUACUAUCCGGAAAACCCGACAAAAUUAUCCGGCAAAUCCGGCCUCGAAACUGGGUACGGAAUUUAUCCUGAUCCUAGAUUCGAUUUACUAGCCGUUCCCAAUCAACUCGUGAAAUAUUCGGACGAGGCUGUUGCCGCCUUGUCAUCUCUGCCAACUGAAAACGCGUUUUCUAUUACCAUCAUGGCCGACAUAAGUUGCUACCCCGAGGCCUGCAAAACUCCGGAUUUUGCUAUUCAAUUAAUACCAGUUUCGGAUCGGAUACCGGCUUUAUCCGAAACUAAAACCGGUCCGGUAUCUGCCAGUAUGCUUUGCCGAAUAGUCUCGAUGAACUCGAGUUCGCUUACCUGUCAACCACCUUCCCCCGCUUUGGUUCGUGAGUUCAUAUACCGCUCCAGACGCGCCAGCGAAAGUUCCCUUCUUUCCGGUAACGGAGGCAUCGAAAACCGGGUUAAAACGGAUCAUGGUCCUACGGAUACCUUUUUGAUCAGGGUAACUGUCGGAGCCCGCAAAAACUUGAUCUCUGACGUGGGUUACCUGAAAUAUAACGAUCUUCAAGCCGGGCCUGCCAAUUUCAACCGACCCAUCAGUGGAUGGGGCUUAGCGGCUAUAGUAAUGGCGGUUCUCUCCUUAACCGGCCUGACGCUUUCCAUAUUCGUUUUCUAUCGCAGAAAAUCGGAUCGAAAUAGUCGAGCCCUAAAGAAUAUGAGGGAGCAAAUGAAUAUUUUAGAACUUCAGGUGGCGCAGGAGUGCAAAGCAGCAUUCGCCGAGUUACAAACUGAUAUGACGGAAAUAACCAACGAAUUCAGCAAUGUCGGCGGAAUCCCCUUCCUGGAAUACAGGGAAUAUUGCAUGAAGGUGCUCUUCCCUAACAUAUCGGAUCAUCCUAUCUUACACGAUACCCUAAAGCUCGAACCUUCGGCCCACAAAUCCAAAGUCGAAAAGGGCCUCAAAUUAUUCGAACAACUGCUGUGCUUCAAGACCUUCCUGCUAGUUUUCAUCAAGACGCUCGAGAGAGACCGGUACUUCUCCAUGAAGGACCGGGUCAACGUGGCCUCCCUCAUAAUGGUGGCGCUACAGGGAAAGAUGGAUUACUGCACCGAUAUCCUCAAGACUCUUCUUUCGGAGCUCAUAGAAAAAUCGAUGGAAGGUAAUAGCCACCCUAAAUUGCUUCUCAGAAGAACGGAAUCGGUUGCCGAAAAGAUGCUGACUGCAUGGUUCACCUUUUUGCUUUAUCGCUUCUUGAAAGAGUGUGCUGGCGAACAUUUAUUCUUGCUGUUCAGAGCCAUAAAACAACAAGCCUACAAAGGUCCGAUAGAUCAAAUCACCAGUGAGGCAAAGUAUUCUCUCAGCGAGGAAAAGCUGCUACGUUGCCACGUGGAAUACCAAACUUUGUCUAUUAGAGCCGUGGUUGCAGUUCAAGAAGAAACCUCUGAUUUCGAUCAUUGCAAAGAUAUGGAACUUAUGGUCAAAGUUCUAGACGUGGAUACGGUGACUCAGGUUAAGGAGAAAAUCCUUGAUCAGGCUUACAAGAAUUUGCCCGAUAGUUGUAAACCGGAUUUGAACGAUUUGCAAUUAGAAUGGAUAACCGGUGUUCACGGCAGACUUAUGCUCAAGGACGAAGACCAAACAUCUCAAGUUGAGGGCAACUGGAAAAGGCUGAACACUCUUAAGCAUUACAGGGUUCCUAACGAGUCAACCCUUGCCCUUCAACCUAGCCACCCGUCGAUCGACACCAACAUCUCCAACGGUUCCUCCAAAAGUUUCCUAGGAUCUGUUUCCCUCACAAACGGCCACCGUAACGUAAAUUCGCCUUCAUUCCCUCAGAAGCAUCGGCUCAUCAAUAAUCAUAUCCUUCAAAACAAUAACCACAAAGGUUCGCCUAAAUAUGGCAAUAAUUACCUGAUAAAUCCUAACAACCAAAAUAACGGCAAAAAUAACCGUUCUAAUAACGAUUCCUCCGACGCCUACAAGUUGUGGCACCUGGUUAAGCCUUCGCUGGACAUGAUCGACCCUGACGGGAAGUCAGGUGAUCGAAUUAAGGUCAAGACAGGGUUUUCCGGAAAAAAAUCGAACAGUUCAGCCGGGGACAAUGGCGGCAACGAACUUCGCGGCAAAAUGGUCAGCGAGAUUUACCUCACUAGGCUGCUGGCAACUAAGGGAACCCUUCAAAAAUUCGUGGAUGAUCUAUUCGACGCGAUAUUUUCGACGACCCAAAGAACGUGCCCGCUCCCGUUGGCCAUAAAAUUCAUGUUCGACUUUUUGGACGAUCAAGCCUUUCAACACGGGAUCACGGAUAGCGAAGUCGUGCAUACCUGGAAGAGCAAUAGUCUACCUCUCCGUUUCUGGGUCAAUCUCAUAAAAAACCCUAAUUUCGUUCUGGACGUCCGAAAAUCUCACACGGUAGACGCCUGCCUUUCCGUUAUAGCCCAAACCUUUAUGGACAGCUGUUCUACUUGCGACCAGAGGUUGGGUAAGGAUUCCCCUUCGAGCAAACUACUUUACGCCAAGGAUAUCUCCAUUUACAAAGAAUGGGUCGAAAGAUAUUAUCAAGACAUACGCAUGUUGCCCCCUGUCACCGAUCAAGAGAUGGGGGAAUUCCUCAAAGAGGAAUCUCUACUUAAUAUAUCGUCUUCCUCGCCCCAUUAUUCCUUUCCGCCUGCCCCACACGUUCAAAACCCGGAUCAGCCUUUUCCCAAUUGCGGCUUCAACAGUAAAGCCGCCAUAUGGCAAUUAUACGUUAAAUACGCUUGCCCUUACAAAAAUCAGCUCAACGCCGCCCUCGACUCUGACCCGAUGGCGCGGCAAAAGCAUUUAGCGCAGCGACUCACCACCGUUCAUUCAAUAAUUCAACAGAAUAAUAAUAAUCUAUGAAUAUAUUAUUUUUUUAAAAAGAAGUUUUUUUUAAACCUUUUUUAUGCCCCUUUUAUAUAGUAUUAGGAUCAAAUAUGCGAAAGAAUUUAAAAAAAAAACAUAUAAAUUAAAUAAUUUUGGGACUUUACACUCGAAGCUUUCCCCGAUUUAUGAUUGGUAUUCGGGCAUUUCGCCGACAAAAAAAAAAUUUAAUAUAUUUAAUACACAACACAAUAAGCUACCAAUUGAAAAUGCUUGCUUAACUGCCAUUUUCCCAUUCCAUUUUUUAAGCAUUUAAAUACACCAUCAAAUUUAUAAAAGUAUUAUCGUUUUUAUCCUAAAAAAAAAAUUAUUUUUUCUUUUGCCAAAUAC